AGGAUAAUACUUUUCAAAUCGGUUAGUUGGUUGACAGUUGAGCCGAAUAUCGCUAAUAGACAGUUGACAUUUUGUUGGUUGCUUAAAAUCGGCAUGACUCGUGAAUAGUGAGUGACUUGUGCUUACUGUGACAUUAAAAUUGAUUGGAAGUGAUUGUUUUUUAUUGGUUUCGUUCUUCGCGUACUUUUUCCUGAAAAUGGCACAAUACAUUGAUCCAGAUCAUCGUUUAUUAUCAACCCAACAAUACCAAACAAAGCCGCUAAAUAUGGAUACCAAAUUACAAGAAAACAAACCAUCCUUCUGUAUAGAGUCGCUGUUAUCUAGAUCUGAUGCUUUGCUAUCAAGAUCUGAUUCUCUGUUAUCCAGAAACGGAGACAGAGAAAAUGUUAAUUCGCCGGAAACUUCUAGGAGUAUAUCCCCAACUUCUUCACGUAGCAGAAGUCCUCCGAUCUCGCCGGGAAGUGAAGAAGUACCUCAAAGUACUUUCGUACCGAGACCGGGAUUAUUGAAUCACAUUUAUCCGAACGGCGGAGGAUUUUAUGGGUACCAAUCACAAAAUCAAAGUUUUGCUUUUCAUUCUAUAGACGGAGGAAUGGUACAGAAAGUGCAUUUACCUGUCGGACAUCAUAAUCAGAAUCACAUACAUCAAAUGCAACUGGAAUGGUUUGCUAGAACGGGGAUGUUUUAUCCGAGGCUGCCGGAUUUAACUGGUUGUGGUCCAGGUCACGCUUUAUUAGGUAAAACUAGAAGACCUAGGACAGCCUUCACAUCUCAACAACUUCUAGAACUUGAAAAACAAUUUAGGCAGAACAAAUAUCUUUCGAGACCUAAGAGAUUUGAAGUGGCAACUAAUUUAAUGUUGACGGAAACACAGGUGAAAAUAUGGUUUCAAAAUCGACGUAUGAAAUGGAAACGCAGUAAGAAGGCACACCAAGAAGCGAAGUCAUCCAAAGAUUCGGCCGACAGUAAAUCCCAAACGAAUCUAACUUCCGUAAAUCCUCAUAAUAGUUACAAAUCAUGUUCCUCCAUAUCCAGUCCCGAAACCUCAGCAGAAUGUCCCAUUUCUCUAGAAACCAUACCGGAAUCGAGAAAAAAUCCAGACAGCGAAUCUCUUUAUCGACCAUACGUCGUUUAAGGGUGUUGUGAGAACAACUAUUUUUGUAAAUAUAUCAUAAUUUCGCUCAAUGUCGAUAGAUGAGAUACCAUAAAGCGACUCGUAUAUAAUUGAUUUAUAACACUAAAAAGGUAACUACACACCUUAACGAAGAACUUAUAAUGUGAAUAAUCAUUGAAGUAACUCUUAGUAAAAUCAAAAGUUUAUUCAAAAAAUUUUGUACGCUGAUAGAAAUCUAACUAUUUUUUCAAACAGAAAAGCAGUUGAUAAGCACUAAUACAAUCUUAUUUAAGAUGACUUCUCGUCCACAGAUGGAACUGUUGCAGUCAUUUUUGAAUGGAUAUUUGAUAAUAAUAUUAAUUAUUGCUCAUCUAAAAAGCCAUUAUGCAAGGGAUGCAAAUUUGCUCAACCGACGGAAUAGAAAUUUUUAUACAAUUUAGUUGAUCCAAAAAACCAAUGGAUAUAUACAUUCAUUGAGGAUUCACAAACCACAUAUCACUCAUUCUUUCUUCACUAGGAUCACUUUAAUAUCCAGGAAAAAAGAGUUGAAGUGACGCAGUUAACGUUUAAAUAACCAGAAGUUGAUAAAGAAAUCGUAUCUUUUUCACAUCAUGCACCAAACUCUCCGAUUGUGUUUGAGUUUCAACAGUUUGAUAUCAUAGUAACAACAACAAAUUCUACAGAGGGUUUUAAUACUAAUUCUUUAAUAGUGUCAACCAAAAAGAGCUAGCAAAACGUCCAGCAAAAAAGAUCACAAGAAGAUCGCUAGAGGAGAAAGAAGCAAGAGAAAAAAGCCAUUUGCGAGUGGAUCAGAAGAUCAGAAAAAUAACCCAGAAGAUUAAGAAUGAAAAUUAUUUUGCGCAUAAACAAUUUGAGUUAAUAGAUCCGCUUCAUAGCAGAUCCCUAGAAGAUUAACAAUAAAGAAAGAGAAGAAUCUGCUGAUUUUCAUUAAGAUAAACAGUGUCUUGAAUAAAUACAACUUUAGCUAGUAGAUCUCUUUCUUAAAUCUAUCAGAUAAAUCUCCCAGAAGAUUGAGAAAAUAAUACGAAGAAGAGUACUGGAUCUAAUUAAAAGAGGAUCUGCUGAUCCUCAGAAGAAUAAGAAUUGUUUUGCGUAUGAACAGCUUAAGCUAAUGGAUCUGAUUCAUAGCAGACUAAAUUCCUAGAAGAUUAACAAUAAAGAAAGAGAAGAAUCUGCUGAUUUUUAUUAAGAUGAACAGUGUUUUGAAUAAAUACAACUUUAGCUAGUAGAUCUAGCUAGUAGAUUGAGAAAAUAAUACGAAGAAGAGUACUGGAUCUAAUUAAAGAGGAUCUGCUGAUCCUCAGAAGAAUAAGAAUUGUUUUGCGUAAGCUAAUGGAUCCGCUUCAUACCAGAGUAUAUUCCUAGAAGAUUAACAAUAAAGAAAGAGAAAAAUCUACUAAUUUUUAUGAAAGUGAACAGUGUUUUGAAUAAAUACAAGUGGAUCUCUUUUUUGAAUAUAUCAGAUAAAAAUUUCCAGAAGAUUAAGAAAAUAAUACGAAGAAGAGUAGAGGAGCCAAUUAAGAAAUGAUCUGCUGAGGUAGAUGAUGAAGAAAAUAGAAAGAAGUUGGUCUACUUACGAGAAAGCCUACUGAAUCCCAGAGGGGGAGUAUUCAUCCGUAAAUAUGAAUUAUUAUAAUAAAUUUGAAGGGUGUGGUUUGCUUAGAUUCAUUGAUGUUGAUGAUAGGUUGUAGUAGACAUUGUCCAUGUAGAGAGGGAUCUUCAGAAAUCAUACUCAAAAUUUGAAUAUAUUGAUACGGAAAUUUUUUCAAAAAUAUCAGUGGUUUCUUAUGAAGUUUUUAAUAGAAACAUGACAUAAAAAAGAAAAAUUGCAUGGAGUAAUUAUAUUAGAAGUCUAAAGAGAAAAGCCGGGAGAAACUACAAACGUGACAAAGAAAGUAAUUAAGAGAUUAAAUAGAAAAAAAUUGGACUGUUGCAAGGUUGAAAAGUUGAUAUUAAAGAGUAAUAAAGUGAAACGAGCAAUAAAUUAUUUCUACGUUCCAAAAUUUUUAUUGUCAUGCCAAAGAAGUUUGAGUAAAUUUUGAAGUAAUAGCGAAACAAUCUAUUUUGUUUUCAUUAUCACGUUAAGGUAUGUAGUAACAAUAAUUUUCAGAUAUCAAAAUUUCGAGAAAUACAUAUCCUCUAACAUCAUUAUUUCAAACAAUCAUUAUUUCACAAGAAGUUAUUAACAACAAAGUAGAUAAGAAAUUUGUUGAAAACUAACAUCCUCUUGUUGUUUUGAAAGUAAAGGAUAAUUCCCAUUCAAGCAGUAGCGAUCAUAAAGUCAUACGUCUACCAAAGCAGCAACAUUUUGACUUUGUGUGCAGUAGACAUCUAUUACAUUGGAUCCACCGGUACUCGUUUGUAGUCUAGCUAUUGCUAAAAGGUGCAAUUGGCAUUAAAAUGGACGGUGAAAAAAUUGAAAUAUUUUGUGAAUACGCCAAUCACAUGAUACGAAUAAUACAAUUUGUUUGAAUUGCAUUGAAGCUUCAUUACUGCACUAACAUUUGAAUUUGUUCACUAACAACUAGAAAAUAUGAACAAAGAACGGCGUUUCUAUAGAGAUUAAAAAACUUUUGUAAAUAACGUUAACUGACCUUAGAAAGAACUAAUGUAAAUUCGUUGUCGAGUAUCUACCGGCAUCUGUAGAAACAAUAGGUUAAUGAUUACUGGAAAUAUGUAUGUAUGGAUUUUGGGGUAUUGUAUACACAAAGGAUCUAUUGUGUCCCCCUUUCUUGCUGCGAUACUGAAGAACCCAUUGUUUAGAGCUGAUCCGUAAGCCCCACUCCUUUUAAAAAGUCUAGAAUGUGGGAUGGCUGUAAUUGCCACAGAUCUUCGUCGUCUAUUUCAAGCGUUCCUAAGUGUAGUGCUCUGGAGUUCCUUAGUGUUUCACACUUCAAAAGAAUGUGGAUAGAGGUUUCGUUCUAUGAGCAAUAAAAUCUACACGUUUUAGAGUCUUCAGGAGUUUGUUGAGGCAACAGGACUCCUGUUAGUAUUCGAAGAUUGCUCUUACUUAGGUUGAUACAUUCAGCAGAUUUUCCCUAGUUAUAGUUUCCCAGAAGAGUCUCUGCCUGUUUCAGCCACUAUUGUCCCAAUAAUUGUUUUUUUCCUAUCGGCCACCUUCUUUUCAAGUGUUUUUCCAUUGUUCUGUAACUGAAACCACAGAAGGACUCGAGUCUGCCUCCGCUUUUUCGAGCUUAUCAGCUAUUUAGUUUCCCUUUGCUCCCGGAAUCUAUUGUAGGAUAACUUUCUUUUUUUAUCUAGCUCGUUUAGUUUUUUUAGGCAAUCCCAAAUAAGUUUGGAUUUUAUGAUGAUCAUCUCCUGUUUGCGAUAGUUCCUCUGUAGGUUAAACUAAACACAUUUUUCAAUUGCAUAAAUUUCUACUUGAAAAAUGCUUGGUGUGCUACCCAAGCUUUCGGAGUGUUUGGUUCUAGGCCCCUAUUCCAGUUCCGUCUGCUGUUUUAGAUAAGUCCAUUUACCAUUUAAUGGCAUUUCUGUUCAUUUUUUGUAUGGUGUUUUCAUCCCACUUGCUUUCACAUUUUAUUAUUGAGGUAAAGUUUUUCUCAAAGCUAAACUUUUUCAAUGCAACGUCCUUAGGCAUGUUCCAGGGUAUUAGACAUAUACAUAUACCUCAAAUCUGAAAUAAACAAUUUUCUCUCAAUCAUUACUAUUUUCAUCUUAGAGUGAAUCACAGUGAAAAAUGUUAGUGUCAGUUAUUGAAGGAGAGCGUUCUUGUGAAAAUUUUACUUUUUCCAGAGACAAGGUUUUGAAAAUAGAGAAACAUAAUUGUUGUCUCAUUAAAGAAAUUUACCUUGUGAAUCAGGGCUUUACACCUUUGGAAUCGAGAACCUGAGGUAAAGAAAAGAUAUCAGUGAAAGGUAUUCAAUAAAAUUAUUUGUAAAGCUUUGACAAUAAUAUUUGCCACCAGUACUAAUGCUGGCUGCAUUAGAAGAAAUAUCUAAUAACAGUCGCUGCAAAAUCCGAUUUCUAAGAACAUAGAAGAAGUGCGUAGGGCAAACCCAAUAAACCAAAACGUGUUUUCCUUUUUGGUGUCGAUUUAAAAAAACGGUCUAUAAGGAUUAAAUUAACUUUAACCUCACAUGUUGGAUUAGCAGAACCGUAGUCAAAAAAUUAUAAAAUGCAGGCUAAAACUUGACAUUCCUAAUUAUUUGGUUAUUGUAGGUAAUAAGUUAACCAAGUUUUAUAAUAAUUUAUUUUUAAAAUCAUAAAUGGCAGGGCAUAAAAAACCGUAUAAAAGAGUGUGAUAUUUUUUAUUAAAAACAAGUUUUUGAAAAUUAAAUAUAACUAUAUUGUAGAUUACGAUAACCAGGAACUAUUUUUUCUCUAUUUACAAAAACGCUUCAUUUAUCUUUACCAACUUUGAUGUAUCUUAGUUAUCUUUUGUAUAGAUAUGUAUUUCUGGAUAUUCAUAUAAAUGAAAAAAUGAAUGAAAUUUGUAGCAUACUGUACAAUAUAUGUAAAUAAUAUUUAUUUAAAAUCCAUCAAUUGAGGUUGUUAUUGGAUCUCUUAAGUUGUAAGUACUACCUCAUUAUUUUUUACGUGUUUCAAUGUAAAUAUUUGAGGUUCCUAGACAGAGAUGGACUCAGAAAAUAAUAAUGCCGCUCCGUCGAUAAACAGACAAACCAAAAAUAGACAACGAAAUUUUUUCAUUACUCCAAUAGAUGGAAAAACUUUGGGGUAAAGUAAAAGUUUUUAUGUCGACAUUUAAUUUUAAAAAAUCCGAUUGAAACAUCAAGCAAUCGCAAACAAUAAGAAUUGAGGUGAUCACGUUUUCGUAUGCUUGUUAGCUCAAUAUUAUGAGGUUGUAAUAAGGUAUCAAUAAGAACGUGAAAAAAUAAGCUUUUGAGCUAUUUUCUCUAGAUAAAUAAUUUAUAACUUUCAAUACAAUUUUAAGAAAUAACUUUAUUCUGAUUCUAACUCACGUGUACAUCAAGUGACAGCAAUAGCUGACUAACAACAAGUCGAUUGUCUUAAUAAAUGAAGGCUCGUCUCUUUUUUGUGACUUAUGGCACCACAACGACAAAAAUAUUGGUCAUUUUAUAUUAAUAAGUUGUGAAAACUUACAACAAAGAUCUUAAUAAACUAGUAGUUAUUUAGAAAUCAAACCAUUUGACUGAAAUACUGAUCUGCCAGGGAUAGUAUCCAUAUAACAUGUUGCACGGAACGGAAUAGACAAGGGUGAAUUUGUAUCGAAUUUCAAUGAAAAACUCUACCACUAACAUCAACUAAAUAAAACAGAUAGGGUAGGGCUGUGGUGAUUACGGAAGCAACAUCAUAAAUGUACGCUCAUCACUUUCGUGAGAGUGAACACUAGCUGACCUAUCAUAAAGCUUAGGACCUGCAACAAUAUGUUCUAAGCAGGACGAGCUCACUAUUAUUUUUGACUGGAGGAAACGAUUCUGGAACAACUCGGUAGGAGAAUCUGGAAAAUUGGUAAACGGGUUUUCCUAUAGUUGAAUAGGACUCCCACCGAAUUGAUUACGUCGUUAUCUAAUGAAAACCUUUUGAUAGUAGGGAAAUACUAUCAGUGGAUAAUUUUGCAAAAGGCUUAUUUGGAAGCUCAUGGACUGCAAUGGAUUCUUAAUCUUAAUACUUUGAAAAAAUUACAAACAGAACAAGUUUGGAAAGACUUUUGAAAAUCAGAUAAUAAUCAUGGGCAAAAGUUAUUGAAUGUAACUUGAGAUUAAGGCUAAUGUAAUCUCAUGUGGGUUCUGUGCAGCAAUUAUAACGCAAACUUAUUUAAUGUAACAGUAACAACAGCCCUAUGAUAACAAAACUAUAGAUAAACGUAAGUCAUAACAGUCUUUCGAGACUGUAGAUGGUGUGAAAGUAAUUUAAUCUUUCUUCUCCUAUUGUAAUACCGUAUAAACUAAUAAUUUGAAGCAGAUUCCAUGCACAACAACACAAAACGUUUAGUUUCGUUUCGGCAAAGCUCAUCCGUACGGUCAAUAGGAAUAACUGUGUCCACUGGAACGUCCAGAAUCCUUACGUCUUCACUGAAGAAGAAUUAAACUUGCUUGGGGUAUGUGUAUGUGUAUGCGGGCAGGUAUUCAUGCGAGUGGUCUCGUAUGUCCGUAUUUUUUUGAGAGUUACGUGACAGGCCAAAGCUAUUUGGAAAUUUUCGAAGAUUCACGUAGGCAAAUUGACAAGGUCCAGCAUUCGCGAGCAUUCGUCAUUUCAUGCACUACACUACGCGUUAUGUAAUGCGAGAGUACCUUAAUGUUUCUUUUGGAGAAUGGAUUCGUUGAGUAACUCGUACGGUCAUGUGACCAGACACCCUGUGAUUUAUUCCUGUAGGACCUUCUUAAGGACAGCGCUUUUGCAAGGGGACCAGGCACUCUUCCCGACAUUCGAACUGCAAUUGAAUAAGAAUUUGACACUCUUCGUGGAUAGCUUUAUAUGCUUCUCUGUUGAGAAACGUUACCAUAAAUGCAUAAAUUUGAAUACUUACAAUAACCCUUUUUCGAAUCCCUUGUGUAGUUUCUUGUAAUAAAUUCAAUUUGACGCUGUUUUUUUGGUCUCUUAUUAAACAAAUACGAAGGAAUCGUAAUCUAGAGCAAAAUUCCACAUUGAGUUUGUCCGACUCUGUUAUACAACACUGGAACGGGUUUCCGAUUGUUCAGGAUAAGUGUAAACUAUCAUCUUUCAUCGAUGUGUAAUAUUAACAAUCACUCUAGUACAUUUCAAAGCCUUCUCUUGUCUUUACCGACAGUGUCGUCGGACGGGAAUCUGUAUUUGAAAAAAUAAUAAAAGGUAGUUGUUGUUUAAACAAAAAAAUUCACUAUGAAAAAUUAUUAUCCAUCUAGAUCUUCAUUUUGACAUUUUAAAAGAUAUCAAUCAUUUCAUCACAAAUAUCUCGCUUCCUAUUUAGUACAUUUAGAUCCCUAGCUAAUUUUUUAAAGAUAGACAAUAGUGAGUAAUUUAAGCAAGAAGAUAUCUAAUACUUUUACUUGGUUAUAUCUUCUAGAUUAGACUUUUACUAAGAAAACAAAUUCGUCAUACAAAUGUUUUGCAGAGAGCUAUGAGACCGUAUUAUUGGCGACAAAAGCUCGGUUUAUUGGGAUGUUAAUUUUUUUAACAGAAUAAAUAAGACUCAAAAUUGAUGUUCAACAAAUCCCUAGUUAUGCCAUUCUCAAAUAUAGAAAAAAGUAAACAAAUUAACAGCGUGAUUUGCAUAAAUAAUCAAAAAAUAUAAGUUGAGAUUUAAUUUAAGAAUAGUGGCAGUUUAUUGAACAAGUCCGUCUCUGUUUUUCUUUUUAAGAUUAAAGGUAAUUAAU